CGGGAAACCGGAAGUGGCGUUGUUUCACUUCCGGUAAACGUUGUAGCUCCGGCAGUCUCAUCGCACGGCUCUCCGAGAAGAGUUUAGCAGGCAAUUAUUUGCUAGUUUUGCUUCAUAGAUACAUCUAAGGAGUCUCCGGUGAUCCCAAACAUGUCGCACACAAUUUUGCUUGUCCAGCCAACCAAGAGACCCGAGGGCCGCACGUAUGCCGACUACGAGUCGGUGAAUGAAUGUAUGGAAGGUGUCUGUAAGAUGUACGAAGAGCAUUUAAAGAGGAUGAAUCCAAACAGUCCAUCCAUCACUUACGACAUCAGUCAACUGUUUGACUUCAUUGACGACCUGGCAGAUCUGAGCUGUCUUGUGUAUAGGUCCGACACGCAAACAUACCAACCAUACAACAAAGACUGGAUAAAGGAGAAAAUAUAUGUGCUGUUGCGGCGCCAGGCUCAGCAAGCCUCCAAGUCCUAAAGACUGGUAACAGGUUCUCCUGCAACAUGCAGUUCAGAAGAAUUUACGUUGAAGACAACAUGUGGGGAAUUUUUCAUUUUGUAAUAUCUUUGGGUAAAGCAGGGGUUUCGAAAAUUUGGUGAGAUUAAGAAAUGACAUCUUUAUCAAGGAGUGUUUCCAAUUUGUUAUGGUUAAACAAGAAGAGGGCAAAUAGCUGAGAGUGAUUGCGUGUAUGAGAUCACUGUUUAGAGAAGUCCUCCAGUCUUUUUGUUGGUUAGUUUUCAGGUUCUCUAAAAGUUAUGUGAUGUCUUUUUAUAUAUCUAUUAAAAAGUACUUUUGCUGAGAAUUCACCUUUUGACUGCAGCCUGGUGUUUGUUGAAUGUGACUGUGGGUAGACUGAUAUUUCCUUUUUUUUUUUUUUAAGUAAUGCCGAUCCAUCCAUCUUCUCAUUGCUUUAUCCUGUUGAGGUUUGUGGAGCACAAGAGCCAAUUCCAGCUAAUUAUGGGCAAAUGACAGGAUAUACCCUGGACACAUCUGCAGCCCAUCACAAGGCAAACGUAGACAACGUUCACACUUAGGGGUCACCAAUUAGCCUCUCGUGCAUGUUAGGAAAUCUACACACAUGGGGUGAAUGUACAAAUGCUGAAAGACUGGCUGGUAUUCAAACCAUCGCUGCGAGGCAAGAGCACCGCCUUCUGCUCCAUCUUGCAGACCUUAAAUUCACCCCAAAAAGUUCACAUUUUAUUAUUUUUCAUUUUGCCUGCUUUUCUUAAUGUGGAUUGUCAAUUCUUGUUUUGAAAUUCUCCCAAUUUUGGUCUGUUUUCUUUGGUAACACAAUAAAGAAUUGUUUUCUGACUGAU